GUAAACAUGGCGGUCGUACAGUGAGCUGCACGCCUCAACUUCAGACUACGAUCUGGCUCACUGACGUAACCACUUCUGUUAAGGCAAAAGAAAACAUCAAAGUCAACAUGUCUCGUCACAGAAAUGUCCGCGGUUAUAACUACGAUGAAGAUUUUGAGGAUGACGAUAUGUACGGGCAGUCAGUGGAUGAUGAUUACUGCAUCUCUCCUGCUACGGCGGCCCAGUUCAUCUACUCGCGUCAGGACUCCAGGCAGCGGCAGGUAGAGACUCUAGAGGAGCAAGAACAUGAGGAAGAGGAGGAGAUGCCAACUUCACCUACCAUCACACACACAUUGGACCCAUUAGAACAAGGAAGGCUGUACUCAUGUUUGGAUCAGAUGAGGGCUGUGUUGGGAGAUGUGCUUCCAGAUUCCACUCUGACGCAAGCUGCUCUGAAAUACGACUACGAUCCACACCGUGCUCUUGAUUCCAUAUUGUCAGAGGAGAGCGCUCAGACAAAGCCCCCUCAGCCUAAAGUCAACCCGCAGCCUGCUGCACCUCCACAACCACCAGCACCAGAAAAAGCGAGAGGUCGACAGACUCCUGAGGGCCGUCUAGAAUCUGAAGUCGUACCCAAAGUUGCCCGUAUGACUGUUUCAGGCAAGAAGCAGACAAUGGGCUUUGACGUUCCCAGUACGGAGGAGAAUGGCGUAGUCAGCUCAGCAGUGCGCAGAGUUCCCAGUCCAGAGGCCAUCAGUGUAUCAGCGUGUGAAACACCCACCAAGCCAGUGUCCACAGGAGAGGACACCCAUGUCCCCACACCCCCUCGCACGUCCUCCAAGAGCAAACAUCAGCUCAACAUCCAUGCAGAACUGGAGAAAAGACAAGGAGGGAAACCAUUACUCAACCUAGUGGUCAUAGGUCACGUGGAUGCUGGUAAGAGCACUCUGAUGGGUCACCUGCUGUAUUUGUUGGGGAAUGUAAACAAGAGGACUAUGCACAAAUACGAACAAGAGGCCAAAAAAGCCGGGAAGGCGUCGUUCGCCUAUGCCUGGGUACUUGAUGAGACAGGGGAAGAAAGGGAAAGAGGGGUGACAAUGGAUGUUGGAAUGACCAAGUUUGAGACAAACUCUAAAGUUAUCACUCUAAUGGAUGCCCCAGGUCAUAAAGAUUUCAUCCCCAACAUGAUAACAGGAGCUGCACAGGCUGAUGUUGCUGUAUUGGUGGUUGAUGCCAGUCGAGGAGAGUUUGAGGCUGGAUUUGAAGCAGGAGGACAGACUCGAGAACACGGUUUACUUGUGAGAUCUCUGGGAGUGACACAACUCGCCGUGGCAAUCAACAAGAUGGACCAGGUGAAUUGGCAACAGGAAAGAUACCAGGAAAUUGUCUCCAAACUUGGUCACUUUUUGAAGCAAGCAGGUUUCAAGGACUCUGAUGUCUAUUACAUCCCCACAAGUGGUCUGUCUGGAGAGAACCUAGUCCAAAGAAGUAAAGUUCCUGAACUCACGGCCUGGUACAGUGGACCCUGCCUUCUGGAGCAGAUAGAUGCGUUUAAACCUCCUCAGAGAUCUGUGGAGAAGCCUUUCAGGCUUUGUGUCUCAGAUGUCUUCAAAGAUCAGGGUUCUGGAUUUUGUGUGACGGGUAAGAUAGAGGCUGGGUAUAUACAGACAGGAGAACGAGUGCUGGCCAUGCCUCCUAAUGAGACCUGUACUGUUAAAGGAAUCACUCUGCAUGAUGAGGCGCUGGACUGGGCAGCUGCAGGUGAUCAUGUUAGUCUGACCGUCACAGGAAUGGACAUCAUUAAGAUCAACGUCGGCUGUGUUUUCUGUGAUCCUAAGGAGCCAAUCAGAGUGUGCACCAGGUUCCGAGCGAGGGUAUUGCUCUUUAACAUCGAGGUUCCCAUCACACAAGGUUUUCCUGUCCUGUUGCACUACCAAACAGUGAGCGAACCUGCCACCAUUAGGAAACUUAUCAGUGUCUUGCACAAGAGCAGUGGAGAGGUUUUAAAGAAGAAACCAAAAUGUUUGAGCAAAGGGCAGAAUGCUGUGGUGGAGAUUCAGACGCAGAGACCAGUAGCGUUAGAGCUCUAUAAGGACUUUAAAGAACUGGGACGCUUUAUGCUCAGAUACGUCGGCUCAACCAUCGCUGCUGGAGUCGUAACUGAGAUCAAAGAGUGAAGACUGCCAAACCUGGUUCCAGAACUUCUAUACUGGACAGAGGAGCCACCUAACUAAAUGCAAUUCAGCGCAUCCUGGCAUACAUAUACACACUCUCUCACACACACACACACACACACACACAGACACACACACACACACACACACACACACACACACACGUGCGGGCAUGCUGAAGCCUUAACAGAAUACUACCCACAACUGACUCAGCCCUCCAUGAGUGCACAGCUCCCCCUGGUGUGUGUAUGCGUGUGUGUGGUUGUGUAUGUGCAUUUGUAUGUAUGUAUGUAUAACCAUCUGUGAUGCAUACACACACACACACACACACAUUUUGGCAUAUCCUGUCGGUUACUGUAUGCUCCUUUGUCUCUUCCAUCUAUUACUCACAUCCCUGUGCGACAGUCUGGACUAAGAUUUUUUUUUUUUUAAGUUCUUUUAUUGUGCUUCAUGUAAAUCUUAAUUUGACUGAAUGAUUGAAGGUGGGUUUAUUUUUCAGCUGACGUGUAUUUUUAAUAAUGUAUUAAUUUUGAGUGGGUUCCUAAUUUCUGGGUUUGAGGGGAGCUUGUUUCCUGGAAUGCAGUGAUUAGAGACAAAGGUCUCUGAUAUGUAAAAGAAAACAAAAAAAAAUACAAGGACAUAUUUCAGUCUAAUAUGGGCAAACGCUAAAAGGGAAGAAAAACAGGGAUGUGAGAAAGUGAUAGUAGCAGAGAGAAGGAGCAAAAAAACCCAAAAGUAACAGAAAGCAGAAGCUGGAAAAGAAAAUUUAUGGGGUUAUAAACAAUUUCCUAUAAAUUACCCUGAGGACAUGAAAGACACCACUCCUCAAACUCUCAGUUUUUUUUAAGUUAAAUUCUGGCUUCUUUUCAGUUGGCAGCAAUUUAACGCUCGUGGAACGGAUGUUAGGCUUCAUGAACAAAAAUAAAGGAUCA